UGCAGUGCAUUGUGGGUCGAGUAGAGUGCUUCAUGAAUGGUCAGAGUAGAUGGAACAAUGCUCCCUGCUCUGAGCGUCUGACAUUUCCAUAUAGAACGGAGGAGUUAAAAGGAGAGAUACCACCCCACCUCCUUCUCCCCCUCCGCCCAUCUCGCCUGGGGCAUGGUACAGAAAGUGUCAAGAGCGGCCUCCAUCCCAGCCGUGUGUGUGUGUGUUUAUUGUGUGUGAGUGUUUGUCAUACUACGGUUUUCUCUGCUGAUUAAUGGUUUGCUUUGGUGAGGAGAAACAGCGUGGAUCUGUUUGUUGGCAUUUGUUGGAGCUUGGAGCUCAAGCAGAAGAACCAGGAGCAGAGAAGAACCAUCAGAGGAACACUUCAUUCCCUUCACAAGAACCCAAGAUUUAAAUCUGGACCUGACAUAUCAGAAGGGAAGCUGAGUUGAUGUGCUGUAAGAGAGCGUCACCUUGCUUGUGAGGGAGGAACAGCAGUGCUCACGUUGUUGGAGAGGGGAAUUAUAGUUGGUUGUGGUUUAGCAGUCUCUGCCAGCAGUUCAAGAGGUCUAUGGUCCAACAAUAGACUGAGACCAUGAAGAGCUUGGAGCUGCUGUUGUUACCUCUGCUGUUUGUUCUGAAAGAUGUAAGUGCUCAGUGGAACGUGUGGAUGCCCAGAGACAUUUCAGCCAUGACAAACUCCUGUGUGGUUAUACCCUGCUCAUUCACGUACCCCUCUGGUGUCAGGCCUUACAGGGGAAUACAUGGGAUCUUCUACUUUGGCCACCCCUACCCCCAGCUCUUCCCUCCAGUGGUAUUUAAGUCCCGCACAGAUAUUGUUCACGAGAGUUUCAAGGGAAGGACCAGGCUAUUGGGUGACCUGUCACAGAAAAACUGCACGUUGCAGAUAAAUAACGUCGGAACAGAACAUUCUGGAAAGUAUUACUUUCGUGCAGAUCUGGGCGGAGCGAACAUCUACACUUACCCUGACUUCACAAACCUCCAGGUGUUAGAUCAGCCCAACAUUGAUGUUCCAGAGGAGAUUGUCAGUGACCAGAGUCUGGAUUUGGUCUGCUACGUCCCAGAUAACUGUCCUGACAUGAUCCCAGAGAUCCACUGGAUGUACACCGACUACCUGCCUGACCCUAGUUUUACCCCAGACAAUGUUGAGGAGGGCAACACUGCUGUACAGUCCAUCACCCUCACUUUUACACCCAGACCCAUGCACAACGGUCAGCAGCUGGGCUGUCGGGUCCACUACCCAAACACCCCCUAUAUCUAUGAACGCAUCAUUUCUCUGGAUGUCAGAUACGGUCCCAGGACGGUGUGGGUAAAUGUGUCUCAAGAGGUAAUGGAAGGAAGAUCAGUGAUCUUACACUGUGAUGUGGACAGUAAUCCAGUUCCCACGAUAACAUGGUAUUUUGGAGAUGACGAGCUGAUGUCGGAAACGGCCUCAAAUUCUUCGCUGUUUUUGGAGAACCUCACACCUGAAAAUGAAGGCGUUUAUACAUGUGUUGGUGACAAUGGCUAUGGGAGUAUGAACACGUCCAUGUAUCUGGCAGUAAAUUAUCCUCCACGCGAGCCGUGGAUCAAUGAAUCUCUGAUAGCGCUGGAGGGAACUUCAUUUACUCUACAUUGCAAUAGUAAGGGGAACCCGAUGCCCACAUUGACCUGGUUGAAGAAUGGGGAGCUGGUGGGCACCAUCAAAGCAGAGGAGGGCUCUGUAUUAGAGCUAAAUGACAUCACGCCAAAGGCCGAUGGAGUUUACCGCUGUCUAGCGGAGAAUGAACACGGCAAAGCAAGCAGCUCUCUUAACAUAACAGUAGAAUUCGCCCCAGUUCUCCUUGAUGACUCCAAGUGCACUAUAGUUCGUGAAGGUGUUCAGUGCAUAUGCAUCGCCUCUGGAAACCCAGAGCCCACGAUUGAAUUUUACCUGCCGGACCUCAAUAUCACCAUCAAUGGGUCCAACAAUCGUUACAACUUCUUCACGCACUCAGACCACUACACGUCCACAGGCAUCAUCAAGCUGCGGGACAAAGGCGAACGGGGGAGCAACGGCGAUACCGCCGUCCACGUACACUGCAGCAUCAGCAACAUAUACGGAUCUGAGACCAUCCGCUUAGACCUGCAGCAGGAGAAAAAAUACAUGAUGGCAGUCAUAGUGGGGACUAUUGGAGGUGUGGCGGUCAUCGCCUUCAUCAUCGCAGCUGUGAGAUACGUAGGCCAGAACAAUAAAAAAGAGAAUGAUAACCCUGGGCAGGACGUGGGAUCUAAAGUGGAGAAUCCCUCAAUGUUCUACAGCGCAGUCAAGAAGGACAAACAGAGUCUCAGGAAAAAAGUGCUUAAGACUGAGCUCCUGGGCUCAAAGUUUAACUCCAUCCUAGAGGAAGGCACGGGAGAUGACAGUGAUUACCAGUCUGUUGGCUCGGUUGGAGUCAUGGAGAGGCAAGAGUUAAAUUAUGCCGCCCUUGAAUUUCUCCACGGGCGACACCGGGAUGGAAGCUUCAGGAGGGCCGACGGUGACGGCAGUGACUACACUGAAAUUAAGACUAAAUGAACCGCGAUUCUUCCCUGAUGCCUCGACCAAACGGGACACGGUGACCACUAGAGCCCACUCAUUCAUUACGCCCCAAGGAUUCAAUAUUUUACACAUUUUAAUGCUUUAGUUUACACACAAAUUUACUUUCGGUUAUCAUUUACUCAUCCGCAUGACUCCGUAAACACAUUUUGAGUUCCUUUUGUGUCUUUUUGAACACUAAAGUCAUUCAAGGGAUUUUUCCAUACGAUGAAAGUGAAUACAUUGGAUAAGGAAAGAUAUGGCCUUCAAAGACUUACACUUUAAUGAUGAUUUAAUGGUCAUUUUACACCGCAAAAAAUUACAUUUUUACUUAGUAUUUUUGUCUUGUUUUCAGUAGAAAUAUCAAAAAAUUCUUAAAUCAAGAUGUAUUUUCUUGAUGAGCAAAAUUGCCUAA